AACCUUCUUAUCAAGUGUCAUUUUCUCACAUAUACUUCACACAAAAGAAACAACCAUUCACUUCAUACCUUGUCAUUGCAUCUCUUUCUUUCUCUCUCUAUUUCUCUCUAUCUCUCUCACACACACAUAUUAUCCUAAAUUUCUCUGCAACUACACCCUCCUCAAAGAAGCUCCAUCCCAAGCAAGACACAAAAUUUAACCUUAAACACCAACACCCAAAGCUCCAACCAAGAAGAAGAAGAAGAAGGAAGAGGGUUUUUUUUGUUUGAGAAAGAAUCAAGAAUCAAGAAUGGAACUAUUCCCAGCUCAACCAGACUUGUCUCUGAAAAUCAGUCCUCCAAACAGUAAACAACCCACAUCAGGAACCUGGAAUUCAAGAAAGGAACAAGAAGACAUAGAUUUAGGAUUCUUGAAAACAGCUCCUUUUAACUUCUCUCUUUCUAACCCACCUCGUCCUUCUUCCUCCGACUACACUCUCCAUAACUUCCACCGAUUUCAAACAGCUCCGGUCACCGCCCCCGCCGCCGCCAACAAUCUCUUCCCUUCAUUCCAACAUCUCUAUCAUCAAAACGUCUUGAACCAAGAACAUGGAUUCUUGAAACCCAUUAAAGGAAUCCCAAUUUACCAUAACCAUAAUCAUAAUCAUCCUCAUCCUUACACUUUCACUCAUCAUCAACCUAAUUCAGACACAUCUUUCACAACCAACACUCAAAGUUGCACUAAUUUCUCAUCCUCCACUUCUCCGGGAAGAAUCAACCGGUCUAGGUUUCUUCCGUCGACUAGGUUUCCGGCAAGGAGGAGCAUGCGGGCACCACGGAUGCGAUGGACUACAACCCUCCAUGCCCGUUUCGUUCAUGCUGUUGGACUCCUCGGCGGCCAUGAUAGAGCAACACCCAAAUCAGUUCUUGAAUUAAUGGAUGUUAAAGACCUUACCUUGGCCCAUGUUAAGUCUCAUUUGCAGAUGUAUCGUACGGUUAAAACAACAGACCGAGCAGCCGGUUCAUCAGAUUUAUAUGAUCAAAAUGGGUUAUCUGGAGAUACUAAUUCAGAAGAAGGAACUGAAAAUGAAAUUCAGAAGAAGAAUAAAACAUCCGACCAUGAUCAUCAUCAACAACUUUCAAUUCAACAUGGAAUCAAACAAAUUUUUCAUCAAGAAAAUGUCCUUUGGAGCAAUUCCUCAAGCAUGGAAACAUGGCUGCAUGACAAAUCUUCUCCUAAUAUACCAUCUCAUGAGAAAGAUGUCGAUGGAAACUGCUUGAGCAACGAGAGAAUGUCUGAUGGGAGUUCAUGCAACAUUAACUCGGAGUCGACGAGCCAAAAGAAGCCUAAUCUUGAAUUCACUUUGGCCAUUCCACACUAAUAUAUAACCAUCCCUCAAACUUGCAAGGAAUUUUAACAUGUAUUGCUAGAUGGCGAAGAGAAUUAUGAUCAGGUGCCCCUUAAUUUGGGCAUGGGGAAACUAGAGAAAGAUCAUAAUUAAAGCUAUUUUCUACAUGAAGAUAGAUUGAGAAAAAAAGGGAAAAGAAGUGGUUAAAAAGAAGGAUAAAGGGGAAGCAAAGAAAGACAAGAAAGCAACAAAAGGAAAAAAGGAUGGCUGAGAAAAAGCUAGCAACCAUGUAUGCAUGAGCCUUAGAAUUAUUACAACUUGAUUGCUAAGGCAUUUCAUCUGACCUAAUGGCUAAUACUAUGUCUAUUUAUAUAUAUAUAUUAGAACUCAAAUUAAUUCUGUCACAAUUUUGGAGGCCAUGUUGAGUGUAUGAUCAUGAUAUAUAUAGUUUCUUAUGGAUCUGUUUUGUUUUUGGCCAAGUAUGAGCUCUUUGAUAUAAUUUUGUAUUCCUAAUGCUUUAUUA